AAUGAUGCUGAUUUGAAGAAUGAAUAAUGUGAGCACUGGAGGCGACAGUGGAAUUACUCAGUGGCGAGAGAGACAUCAAGGAGAGCCUGGUGCGGAGGAGGGAGGAACACAUCAUCUGGGAUCUGGUCCGCUCUGUCUCAGAGGGGAGACGUCUAAACCAGAUAUACUGCGAGCAUCAGAACCGGGAUGAACAUUGAGGUUGGGAACGUGUCUUAUACAGGAGCCAUCGUCUCCUGGUCAUCCUCGGAGCCCUGCUUAGAGGACUACUACCAUAUUAUGUAUAGGCCCAACUGGAACAGUAUCUUCUCCAGCUAUCUGCGCUAUAGCUUCCAUCGCGAGGAGAAGGUGCCUCGAACCAUCACCUCAGUGGCACUGGAACACCUCGCUCCUUCCACUCUCUACUUCCUCUGCAUCAGCUGCAAGAAGGCUGCCUUCCCAUACAGUCACUACUGCACCAUGUUCCACACCCUGGAUAAGAGUCCGCUGGCUGCCGGGGGCUCCCUGGUGGACCCCCAGAUUUCCCUUUGGGUGCUGAUGGCCAUCCUGCUGGCCUGCUUCACUGCAGUGCUGGCCUUCAUCUGCCUCCAGUUCUGGUGCAUCCGUUGUCACGAACCUCGGUGGUCUUAUAGAGCUGGCCACAUGGAGGAAGCCAACGGGUUGGUAAGAUGGCCUGAGGAGACCCCAGCUCUUGGUCAGAGGGAAGAAGACCUGCAGGGGUUCCCCCUGGAGGAACUGCCACGCAAGAACUCUGGGGCCAGAGCUGAAGCCGAACCGGAAGCUGAAGCCAGCCAGGAUGUCUUAGAUGUGGUGGCCUUAGCUAGAGAGGUUGGUGACCAACCAGCCAUCCUGCCUCACUAUAAGGAGUGAGCAGCGGUAAGGAGACACCCCAUUUCCCUAGGCUUAAAAUGCUCUCCGUAAUGGUCCUGUGUGAGAAUUUGCCUACAGACCUCCUGCUUCUGUCCUCUCACAUGUCAGUGCUGUAUAGAUGCCAUGUGACAAUGGUCCCCAAGCUGGAAAACACAGACCCUCAAGGCACGUCAGGGGCAGACAAGGCCUUGUUUCAGUAUUGUCCAUUUGGAGGCCUAGUGAAGAUCUGAAGACCUGUUUCAAUAUUAAAAUCAUGUGAUGGACAGGAAAUGUAGCUAGACCUGAAUCUGGCAUAGUACUUGGACGAAAUGCUGGGACAGGGGCCGACCAUGAGCUACGUUUUCAGUCAUUCUUUGUAAAAGGUCCCAAGGCCCUAUUCUAACUUUCAGGCAAUCACACACCACAUCUUGCACCUCCAGGUUCAUUAAAAAAAAAAAAAAAAAAAAGCCACAGACUGGCUUCUCACUAUUUAUCACUAGCAGUCAAGGCCUUUUAUUUAAAUAGAACACAGCUUUAGAACAUAGAGUCCUAGAAGAUAGCUUUGUAUUACCCCAGAAACAAAAACCCAGGCCCCUGUGGUUGUAAAUAGAAGGGAGUAGAAGUAAGACAAAAUACAACACCCAAAAUAAUAUUAAGUUUGAUGACCACCUUGCCAGUCAAUGAAUGACUCUGGGCUUAAGACCUGCUCUCUGGUGUUUGAUACAAAGGGAGGCCAGGCAGUGCUGAAGAGACUAGCGUUAACAUUAACAUAAAUGUCUUCCCUUUAUAUAACAUAAGGUUCGAAAGAGAACAGGGAAGGGAAGUGUGAUUUUUAGUUUGUGACCCAUGUCUGUGAGCCUCUUGAAAUGACCUCUGCAAAGCCCUCCCCAUUCUUCCCUUCCCCCCCUUCCUUUUUCUUUUUUUUUUCUUCUGUGUAUGGGGGUGCAGUCUCACAACAAUCUUGGCUGACUAGAACUGGCCACGUAGACUAGACUGUCCUUGAACUCGGAACAGUUCCUCUGCCUCAGCCCCUUCAGGGCUAGGACAGGCGAGUGUUACCGCACCUGGAUGAAAAGCUUCUCUAGGUUUGAGAAAAUUACCUUAAAUAGUUUGACCUCUCUGGAGAAGGCACCUGUCCCCUCUAGCAUCCUCCUCAUACCUGCUAGGUGCCCUAGCCACAGCUUCUCUGGGUUCACCGCACUCCUAAGGCUCUCCUGACCUCACACCAUCAUAGUCAACCUGGCUUAUCUCUGCUUAGUUUGGAAACGGGGUCAAAGGUGGCUGUUUUUGUUCUGUCAGCAAGAAAAUCACUGGCCUCUUCUUUUGGUGGGAGACAUAUUUCUCUAUUCCUUCCUCAUGAGCCCUUACUGUCAGGACUAAAUUGUACAUAUGGUGACCUUGGUGGGACUUGGUGGAAGCGAUUCCCCUUCACAACUGUGGGAAUGAGAGUAUGGGUGGAUACAGGUUAUGUCUCUUCACCCCUGAUGGGCACUGAGCAUGUACAGUCUAACCCAUGUCUGGCCUACAAGGGCUAUAUACUAACUGCCACUGAGUGAAUGGGCAGAAAGCCUGAGGACUUAGAAUGGACCCCGUGGGGACAAUUACUUGGCAUGAAGAUGUGCGCAUGUGAAAAAGCCACAUGAGGUAGGAGACCUUCCUCUCAGAGAUAGCUCCAGACCCCUACAAUGGCCUUCAAGCUCUGUCUGCAAAGCUCUAGUACUUACAGAGCCCAGAAACUGGGAAGCCACAAGGAAACUCCCCAUGUACCCACUGACCCACCAACCUCGGCAUAGUGCUCACCCCUCACCUCGGCUUCUGCCCAGCUCCCUCCUGCCAGAGCCUUUUACCCUAUCCCUGCCAGCUCUGAACCAAUAAAGACCGAUGUA